CUGACGUCAUACCAUGGCACAUGCGGGGGGAAAAACAGUUUAAUUUCUUCAACUCUGUUGUCUAGUUAUAGUUAACUCAGCUGUAAAAAUAUUUUGUACCCUUUGCCACUAAAGUUCACUCUUAGAGCGUCACACAAGUCCACAGUUAUUUAGAGAAACUCCCGCAGCCACCCGAACUCGCUAGCCAGCGUGCUACUUUAGCAAAGGAAGGGAAAGUGAAGACUCUAUGAUAUGGAGAACUACAGGAAAGCACGUACUGUAGAGCAGCCCUGCCUGUCUCCAUUCCAAGACCUGCCCAGUGACACCCCUGAAGUUUGGGUGAAAGACGGCAGCAAAAUCCGCAACCUGAUGAGGUUUGCUUUAAGCCGAAUGGAGGAGAAGGGGGCUUCAGCAGAACACACAGCCACUCAAGAAGAUUCAGAGACAACCACUGGUUCAGGUGAGAAGCUGAGCCGGCAGAUCGUGUUCACUGGUGUGGGACAAAGUGUAGCCAAAGCCAUCACGUGCGUGGAGAUCAUGAAACGGCGUGUACAUGGACUACAUCAGCACACCAAAUUGGCCUACCGAACCGUCCAGGAGGUUUGGGAGCCCCUGGAGCCUGAGGCAGGUUUGGAGAGUCUCACCGUCAGCAGAAAUGUACCCAGUGUAUGGGUACUGCUUUCCAAAGAUUCUCUUGACAGGAACCAGCCAGGCUACCAAGCACCAGGUUCAUUUGAUGCCUUGUGGGCACAGGCUCUCAAAGAGGAAGCUGCAGGCCAGAAACAUGGACAGAGGAGGAAGAGAGAAAAUACAGGGGUUGGAAGGGGUGAAGGGGCUGGCAGAGGAAAGGGCCCACGGCAAAGCCGAGGGCCGGGACAACGUGGGAAGGCACGUAAACCUCUUGGUCGUGCAGGUGGAGGGCAGAAUUAAAUGUUUCAUAGGAACUACCUUCUUAGUUGAAGCAUCACUCAUACUGACUAAUGUUAGAUUUUCAAAAGGACUCAAGUUUGAAUAUAAUGUUAUUUCAUGUCAUGUCUGACAGACAUUUACAUAAGCAGGAUAAAUUAAUGUGAACUCAUUUCUGAAUGUCUUUUUUUUUUUUUCUUUAAGGAAGAGAUAAAAUUAUUUUCUGAAGUAUUUUGAGGCACCAGAAUUAUUAUUAUUAUUAUUAUUAAACUUUGAAAAGCAGUGGCCCUAAAAUUGGCCUCAGAAAUGCCCCCAAAAGUGUUGAAAGUUUGUUUAUCACAUAUAUAUUUACCCACACAGUACUGUGCAGAAAUCUUAGGCACAUAAGAUGUUUAGCAAAAACAUUUGUCUUAAGAUGGUUAUUUAUAUUUUCAGCUUUAGUGUGUCAAUAGGAAAUAUAAAUGUUAGACUCCCAAAUAUUACUUAUGCAAAAGAUUAGAAGAACAGGGAGCCCUGCAACAGAUGGCAUGGUCCCCACAAACACCCCCACUGAACAUUGUGUCAGUCUGAGAUUACAUAAAGAGACCGAAGCGAUUGAGACAGCCUAAAUAGAUAGAACUAUCUAUCAACAAACAAGGAAAAACUGUAUCCAGUUCUAAGUAGGAGAUUUUUUUUAUUGUUUACUGGACUUUGUAUGACAUUAAGUGAUAAAUGAAAACUAUUUGUGUCAUUAUUUUUGAAGACAUCCUCACUAUGCAACAUUUUUCACAAGUGCCUACAACUUUUGCACAGUACUGUAUAUAUAAACUUAAAGGAAUGGUUCACCCAAAAAUGAAAAGAGAUUUCUCAGUUAUACAUGUUGGCUUUUGAUUUUUUUAAGGAUGUGCAUUUUUAUAAAAAAAUGCACAUAAUGUAACAUGAGUGUUACAGAUGUAUCAGCCAACAGAGUUUAUACACUUUGGUCUUCUAAUUCAUCAGCAUUUAAAUAUUAAUUUAGGAUGCAAAGUUAGGUUCCUCUGGAGUAUAGCAAACAGUGAUAGCUCUGUCAUUUGACCUGGUCAGGAAGUAUUUCAGACCAUUAAGUAAACCAACACUAUGCAUGUGAAUUUUUUUACAAACAGCACUAUGCAUGGGUUUUCCAUGUCUGAAGUCAAAAAAUUGUAAUCUUUUGGCCCUUCUGUACUUUAUGCAAAGGAAAGGAAAUUGUGUGUUUUGAAUGCCAAAUGUCUGUGCAUAAAAUACACAACAUUUGGUUUAGAAAUAGGAAGGUAUAUGGACAAAUACGGAUGUUGUGUGGCUGACGUUGCUGUGAAAGCUAAACAGAACUAUGAGUCAUUUUUAUAUAUAGUUUAUUUACAAAUCAUAUUUAGUGCUUUAUCAAAAUGUUGGGCAUAUCAGCUGUGGAGAACUUUCCAGUCCAUGCUUGAACUCAAUUUUAGCAUGUUAGCAAGCACAGACCAUUCGCUGGAAGUAGUUACAAAAACUUUUAACCCUGUAAUUAGAGAAAUAAGAUGUUCUUGAUAAAAUGCCAUAUGUUCUUAAAGUAAAUGCAUUUCUAGACUUACCUUCUUUUUUUUAAAUGUUUUCUAAGAAAACAAAUUUUAAAACAACAAAAGAAAAUCCAGAUGUAUAAAAAGGCAAAUUCCAUUGCAGGGAAGAGAAGAACAAUUGAUCACAAUUUUUCCUUUGAGAAAAAUAAGGUUAGCUCACUCAAAAAUGAAUAUUCUGUCAUCAUUUACUUACCAACAUGUUGUUCCGCGGAACACAAAAAGGAGCUUUUAGGUAGUAUGAUAGUUUCUGUCAUCAUUCACUUUCAUUGUAUAGAAAAAAAGAUGGCAGUGAGACGUGAAUUCUCCCUAAAAUAUUUUGUGUUUCACAGAAGAAAGUCAUACAGGUUUGGAACAACAUGAGGUUGUGUGAAUGAUGACAGU